AUGACAUCGUAUUCGUUAUAUACACACACUACAGCUUACGAUCCGUGUAACAGCAAUCCGUGUGCAAACGGCGCCUGCUAUCAUCAAAUGAAUUAUUCCUCAUUUUACUGUCUAUGCUACUCUGGAUGGACUGGGACAACGUGUACCGAACGUGUCGACCCGUGUGCUAGCAAUCCAUGCCUCAAUAAUGCAGUCUGCAAUUCUGCAGAAGAUGCCUUUACGUGUACCUGUACGCGCAUUUUUACUGGCACCUAUUGUGAAACCAGACUUGAUCUAUGUAAUCCAAAUCCCUGUGGCAAUGGUGCAUGUGCCCAGGUUAUCGAUGGGUAUCAAUGCGUAUGUAAUCCUGGAUAUGUGGGAAAAAACUGCGAAACGUACAUUGACCCGUGUUCGUUGCCUUCGCCAUGCUUGAAUGGGGGAGUGUGUGAAAGCAAUGGAAAUACGUAUUCGUGUAACUGUUUAGAUGGCUGGCUUGGUGACCAAUGCCAAAUACUUGACGCGUGUUUCAGCGGUCCGUGUGUUAAUGGACAAUGUUUGACUCAGACGAGUAACGAGGCUACUACAACAUACAUCUGUGACUGCAAUGCAGGGUAUAUGGGUUUCUACUGUGACAUAGUGGUCAACCCCUGCAUUCCGGAUCCUUGUCAAGGCGGCGGCACCUGUAUCCCGUCGACGUCGCUUGAAACUACAAUUUGCAUCUGUCCUGAUGGACGAGGUGGUCUUACGUGCGAACAAAUGGAUCUAUGCAGUAGCGAUCCGUGUAAAAACGGCGGUGGUUGCGUGAAUUACCAAACACACUACGACUGUGAGUGCACAACACAAUGGAAAGGAGACAACUGUGAUAUUCCCACCUUUCUCUCAGAUCGUGACAAAUGUAUCAGUGAUCCUUGUCAAAAUGGCGGCGAGUGCUAUACGUUUGAAUCCUACUAUCUCUGCAUUUGCCAAUCAGGAUUCACAGGAACUAACUGUGAGACUGCUGUGUACAGCGAUCCAUGUGACAGCAACCCUUGCCAAAACGAAGGUGUAUGUCGCACACUGUCCAUGUUCUACACCUGCCAUUGUCUUGUUGGCUGGACUGGUGUCAACUGCGAACUUAGAGACGGAGUGGAGUCAGGGUUAUGCAGUAUAUGGAACCCUUGCCGUAACGGUGGCGUAUGUUAUCACACCAGCACCGACUACGUGUGUCAGUGUACUGAACAGUGGACAGGCAAAAACUGCGAUGAGCCUUCCAAUGCAUGUGACGGCAAUCCCUGCGAAAAUGGCGGCGAAUGUUUUCUCCAGUCAGGUGGAUACUACUGCAGAUGCGCAGACGGAUGGAUUGGUUUGACAUGCGCAGUAGCUAUAGCUGUAGACCCAUGCUUCAGUAGUCCAUGCUUCAACGAUGCAACAUGCUUCGACCAAUCAGGCGGAUAUUUCUGCGCAUGCCCCGAUGGGUUUACAGGCGAGACGUGUGCCUCAGACAUAGACGAAUGCUCCAGCAACCCGUGCCAAAAUGGCGGCACUUGUCUCGAUCAGAGGAACGGUUACACGUGCACGUGUCAGGAAGGAUUCAUUGGAGACUCGUGCGAAUCAGAUUCAGCUGCGGCUGUUUCAAGUAGUACUACCUUUAAAGCCCCUACGUCCAUGCUGCUAGUUCUCGUCUUAUAUACAUUAAAACAGUGGAGGUAA